AUGGCUAGGACGCUGCCCUGGCUCAAGAGUGGAACGACAACCAACCUCCAGCCCGCCCGUUUAAAGCCUGCCAAGCGGCAGCGAAUGCUGGAUCCUAACUCUGACUCUGACUCUGCCGACAAUGUCAACCCUCGCGCUGUAACAACGCCCAAGAAGCAAGCUGCUCCUGCAGCAGAGCGAACGCCAUCCACCUCGCCUCCACCGCAACCCCCAACUGAAGAAUUCAUGCGCCCCGGCCUCUCAGCAGACGACAUCUACAUCAUGGUCGAAGACGAGUUCCACGCGGUCGCUCAAACAUUCACCAAGCACCUCCACCAUGCGGAGUAUAUCCGUCUGAGAAAUGCUGUCAGGGAUCGAAACGCACCUACAAUCAAUAACAUCUCCCGCCCCGUCGACUCGAUCACUACCAUGCGCGAAGAGACUCGUAGAAAGAAGGAAGCCGAAGCAAGGGAAGCGAAAAUGAAGGCCGCGAUAGAGAGUAUCAAGGUUCCGAAGGGAGCGAUAGGCCCGUUGGACGAAAGCGACAUUAGCGAUUUUGAGGAGGAUAGGCAGGAUGAUCCGUGGCAAGGGACACAGUUGCAGCAUUUCAUAACUACGAGUCCAAAAAAGAAUCUCACAGGUUUGACUGGCCUGCAAGGAGUCAUAUCGCACACCCGAGCAGCGGCUGGAUAUUCAAAGCCAGAGAAGCGGCCUUCGCAACCUACCAAGCUAUUCGAACCCGCGCGUCCUAAUGCCAGUGCAUCAAAAACAAUCUUCGCUCCAGCGGCCGGCAAUGCAACAUCAGACACAGACGACGAUGACCUCGAUGCUCCUUCCCGUCUCCCUCCUCGUCCGCCCACGCGUAUACCAUCCCGGCCUCCAACAACCGCCGCCAAACCCACCCCUUUACCAACAAGCAGAGAUCCACCCCACCGACAGCCGAAAAGAAGAGCUCCUACACCACCUCCCGCAAAACCCUUUCAAAGAUCUUUCCUCGACUUGACACCGCGCGCCCCCCCCGCUUCAAUACCCCUAUCCUCAAAGGCUUCAAGGAGACCUAUUCCGCCAGAUCCAUCUCCACCUGUCAGACCCGAACCGUUGCAGGAACCCCGCUCAUCUUUAUCGGAUGUGAGGCAGCGGCUGAAAGUUCGGCGGGAACGCGAGGAAAGGGAGAGGAAGAGGUCCGGCAGUGGAAUAGGGGUUGACGACAUACCUGUAUUUCUUGUAUGA